CUCUGGCCGAUGGAGCUGGGCACGGUAGCAGCGGCGGCCCAGUUCGUCGACCUGGGCUGUCGCAGCUUGUUUGGAGCUUACCGUUUUCUCAAGGACCUCAAAGACGUUCCGGCCAAUCUCCUCUUCACGCUGGAUGAUCUGGGCCACUUCUCGGGUCUCAUGGACGACUUGCGAUCAGCGAUCGAGAAAGCUGACCCCCGACUGCGCGGCAUUACCCCAACACAAUCGCAGCGCGUUACUCGAAUUCUCGACAGCACUGCGGAUAUCUGCAAGCAGCUAAAGGAGUUGCUCGCUCCCUGCUGCCCUCCUGCCGGCUCUUCCAGUUCCAGGUCGCGCAAGCUGUGGCGCGCUCUGAUUUCAGUCAAAAGAGAAAUCGACAUCGUCAACCGAUGCGAGAGGCUCGAGAGGCUCAAGCACGACUUGAACAGGGAACUGCAGAGUUGUGACUUAGCAAUGCUGACAUCGGUCAAGAGCGACUUAGCAGCCGUGUCCGUCAACCUUCAGCAAACAACAAGCUCACUGUCUGCCAUGGAAGCUCGCCUCAACUCGGUCGCUUUUCCACAGACUUUCCGCCUCGGCAACAACGGGAUCCAGGACCCCAAGGUUGCCCCGCUGGACCAGCGUGAUGACCCUCUUCCUGAUACGCCGAUCCGGAGCACGACAGCUUCCCUUCGGCCUAGCCAACGACCGACUGUCAGCGUCAACCAAAUGAUCAUGGAGCUCCACAGAUGUCUAGUGCUCGGAGAGCCCCCCGCAUCCACGUUCGACUCCAGCCUCCGGAAUACCUCCAGAGACGAGAAAGCUUAUGUCGUGAGUUCACUAGGGUGUUGCCAUUGCAGAGCUGAUUCGUGUCAGAGUUACUAAUUCUAGAUGUACAGCUUGCCACAUCCGCCCGUCAGCUCGUCGAGUACCCCCAAGAUUUGAAGAUGGCACUCGAACAUCGACUCGGCAACAUCGAUGCUGGCUG